GACAUUUAUAAUAAUAAUAAUCAAGUAUAAAACGUAAAUUUCAAUAAAACUAAACUACAUGUAGUUAAUGCAUAAUCAUGAAUAAAAAAUAUGGGGUGUAUUUAUGAUAUGUACCACCAUCACCCAUUAAUGCCUGGGCUACCCAAGACUACCUAUGGCAUCAAUAUACUGUACACAUACAACACAUAAAAAUACUAAAUCUAUUUAGUCAUAUUAUUAUAAACCAGACAAUGGCAGCGAUAUAUUAUUUAUUAUUAUUAUUAUUAUAUACUUCUUACUCUUACGCAUACACACAAUAAACCAUAAAAAAAAUUAAUAAUAAAUGUUGAAAAAAAUAAUGAUUACCUGGAUAAAAUAUUAAAAGUUUGAAAUGUCACGAAAAAAAAAACAGCGGUCACGGUACACAAGCAAAUAGCAAGGUUAGUGACAGCAAUUGGAUUAUUGGUAUUUUUAGUAGUGAAAGCAAUAAUAAAAAAGAGAGAGAUUAAAUGGAGGACUGGUUAAACGGUAUGAGAAAUGCUGGUGACUGUAGAGCUGCCAGUGAACCUGGAGCUAGUGAAUUUCUUGGUGGUGAUCAUCAGUGGUAUGCUACCAGUCAUGCUAGGCCAACAUACUGCAAUGUUUGUCGAGAUGCACUAUAUGGAGUGACGUCUCAUGGUCUCAGUUGUGAAAUAUGUAAAUACAAAGUACAUAAAAGAUGUUGUCAAAAAGCAAUAAAUAAUUGCAAAUGGACUACACUAUCAUCUAUUGGAAAAGAUAUUAUCGAAGAUCAAGAUGGAAAUAUUCAGAUGCCCCAUCAGUGGUUGGAAGGAAAUUUGCCAGUUUCUUCAAAAUGUGCUGUCUGUGACAAAACAUCGGGUUCUGUACUACGACUUCAAGAUUGGAGAUGCUUAUGGUGUAGAGUAACAGUUCAUACGGCAUGUAGACCAUUAAUUAGUUGUGUAUGUCCUCUUGGACCUGCUAAAUUAAGCGUAGUGCCUCCUAUAGCAUUGCAUAGUAUAGGAAGUGAUGAAGCAUGGGAAGCUGUGAGACCUGUUGGAUGUAGCCCACUGUUAGUAUUUGUAAAUAGUAAAUCUGGUGAUAAUCAGGGCAUUAAGUUUCUCAAAAGAUUCAAACAAUUAUUGAAUCCCGCCCAAGUAUUUGAUCUUAUAAAGGGUGGUCCUGGACCAGGGCUAAGAUUGUUUCGACAUUUCGACCCUUUCCGGAUUCUGGUGUGCAGUGGAGAUGGGUCUGUCGGUUGGGUCCUUUCAGAGAUCGAUCGGUUAGGAAUGCACAAACAAUGCCAAGUGGGAGUGUUACCGUUGGGAACUGGAAAUGAUCUUGCUCGAGUACUUGGAUGGGGUGCGUCUUGUGAUGACGAUACACAUUUACCACAAUUAUUGGAAAAAUACGAAAAAGCAGGAACAAAAAUGCUUGAUCGUUGGAGUAUUAUGACAUUUGAACGUAGUAUAUCAUUAUCAUGUUCAAAGUUAUCUUCAAAUCAAAAUAACGAUUUAAAUUUAAAUCUAUCAAUGGUUCAACAGUAUGAAGAUAAUGUUAUUUUUCAUAUAAAAAAUAUUUUACAUGCUGAUCAGAAUACAAUUAUUGUGUCUAGUGCAAAAGUACUUUGCGAAACAAUUAAAGAAUUUGCUUCUCGUAUAUUGGAAACUAGUUUUAAUAUUGGUGAUGAAAUACUUGAAAAUAAAUGCGUUGUUCUUGAAGAAAAAUUGGAUUCAUUAUUGCAGACACUUGAUUAUCAUGAUAAUAUUGUGGAAAUGGUAAAUGAUGAUGUAAAAUUUACAAUCGCUGAUAAUCAAUCGUGUAUGAAAAAUUUAGAAAAAGGAGUACUAGAAAAACCAGAAAAAGACAUAAAAAAUUUAAAACAAGUGCGUAAAAAUAAAAAUCCUAUUGAGAGAGAUGCAGUAAUGGCACGAGCAAAUAGCUUAAAACGAGCUAUUAGACAGCUUGUUGAGCAAACUGAAAUAGUUAUUAAUAAACAAAAAAAUUCAACUGGUAAAUUAAUAAAUAAAUUAUCAUCAAAUUUAGCUAUUAAUUCAAAAGAUUACGAUGAACAAGGAUUAUCUAAUUCAUGGAAUAUAAAUGAUGAUAAACUGGUAAACACUCAUCUUCAUAUUAAUCCUUCUCAUGUAUUGAAACAAUGUGAGAGUAAUUCGUCUAUUGGACAAUCAAUUGUUGUUUCCUCAGCAAGUUCAUUUGAUAUUUCUUCGUGUCCUAGUCCUACUCCAAAUUUGACAUCUUUAAGUCCAAUGCCUGAUUUAAGAAGAGAUUCACAAGUUGAUGAAUUACUUACACUUCCUGCACCUGAUGGAUUUGCUGAUAGCCGUAGAAAUAGUUACAAUAUAAAUAAAGAAUCUGUUAGUUUUUCUGGUAAUGAUGAAACAACAGUUAAAAAAACUAUAUCUGUUUUGGAUGAAUUUAAAUCCUCAGAAUUAACAUCAACAAGUAAAGUCAAUACUCCGACAGAUAUUCAAGUUACUGUAACAAGUACAACAUUAGAUACAAGCUCAAAGUCUGAUGAUACUACAAUACAGGAUGCAUUAAUAUCUCCAGAUUCAGAUAUUAUAAAUAUAUCAAAUGCCUUUGUUCAUCGAUCAGAUUAUGAUAUAGAAACUCAUCAAUUAUCUAAAAGUAGCUGCAGUAAUAGUAUUGCCAGUACAGAUAGUCUUAUUUCCGAGACUUUGGAUUCAAAAAGUUAUACUAUUAAACACAGUGAGAGUGAAAUUGGUAAUACAGAUAGUGAUAUUCUUGAUUCAACAAAACAAUCAGAAUUAUCAGAAAUAGGACAUAUUGAUUCACCAGAAAAUUCCGAUAUUCAAAAUUCCGAAAGUAUGAUUGAUGAUUUGAGUUCACUUGGUCAGGAUUUAAUUAGUACAAUGCUUGGAGAAAAGUAUGAUUCAGUACGUGAGUGUAUUGAAACAGAUCAAAGUGAUAAACCAAAAAAAUAUUGUAGUUUGGCACAAUUUGUUGAAGGAAGUGAUAUUGCACGAAAAUCAUUUAAAAGACCAUCUAGAUAUAUUACAACUCUUUUAAAAGAUGAUAAAUCUCAAAACCAAAAAAUAUAUAAUAAUAAAUCACAAAUACCCGUUAUAACUUUUGAUAAUACAGAGAUUAAUAAAACAGAUUUAUUGAAUCCGGUUUGUUGUUUUACUUUAACAGCUGAUACAGUUAAUAAAUCCAAUGAAAAUAAAAUUCAUUUUCCUCACGAAAUAAAUGUAAUUGUUGAUCCACCAAGUCCAUCAAUAUCUAUUGAUAGCCAAUACGAAGAAGAUGAUGAUAAUAAUGAUGCUGAUGAUGAUGAUGACGAUGAUGAUGAUAACGAUGAUAAUAAUGAUAAUUAUUAUAAUUAUGAUAAUGAUAAUAAAAAAAAAAAAAAAAAAUCUGGUUUAAGACGUCACACAGGUAGCAUGGAAAAAUUGAGUGUAGAGUUAUUACCGGAACUUGGAUUUUCACCUCAAGCAACACGGCGUAUAAGCUGUGGUAGUUUGAUAAAACCAUCCGAAGUUGGAUCUUUGGCAGCAACUGCAGCAAAACUGGGAGGUUCAAAUAUAAGCUUACGACAUGAUCGGGCCAAGUCAAUUGAUAAAACAUCUGAAGAUAUUAAAAAAUUACCAAUAAUAAAUCCACUGGUACAAUUACCAACGUGGCCAAAUAUCGGAGGAGGUGCUGGAUUUAUUAGCCAAGCAUUACUUGCAAAUGCUGAUGCACUCUGUGCAGCUGUAUCACCAUUAAUGGAUCCAGAUGAAACAUUAAUGGAGGGAUAUUUUGAACGUUGUGUCAUGAAUAAUUACUUUGGAAUAGGUAUUGAUGCUAAAAUAAGUCUUGAUUUUCAUCAUAAACGUGAAGAGCAUCCUGAAAAAUGUAGAUCACGUGCUAAAAAUUAUAUGUGGUAUGGAGUACUUGGAUCAAAACAGUGGUUACAAAAAACUUAUAAAAAUCUUGAGCAACGAGUUCAACUUGAGUGUGAUGGUCAACGUAUACCUUUACCCUCACUUCAGGGUAUUGUUGUUUUAAAUAUUCCAAGUUUUAUGGGAGGUACUAAUUUUUGGGGAGGUACCAAAGAGGGUGAUUUAUUUUUGGCUCCAUCAUUUGACGAUCGUAUAUUGGAAGUUGUUGCAGUUUUUGGUUCAGUACAAAUGGCUGCUUCUAGAUUAAUAAAUUUACAGCAUCAUCGUAUUGCCCAAUGUCAAUCAAUUCAAAUAAAUAUAUUGGGUGAUGAAGGGGUACCAAUACAGGUUGACGGUGAAGCUUGGAUCCAACCACCGGGAAUCAUUAGAAUAAUUCAUAAAAAUCGUAUGCAAAUGCUCUAUCGAAAUAGGGCUUUAGAAACAUCACUGCGGACAUGGGAAGAGAAACAACGUAACAAUACAUCUACCAACGUAUCUCAAUCGUCAUCUUCGUUAACUAAUAAUAUAGUUCAGCCACGAUCUUACACACUGGGUGAUAUCAAACCAAUACAAUUAUAUGAAGAGGAAUUAAACAUUUUACUUGGUUUAAUUGAAGUUAUUACAACGCUUGUUAAAUGGGUUAAAUUACUCACCAUAUCACAUCCAAGUUUUGAACCGGAUCUUUAUCAGAUUGCAGAUCGAACCGCUGUUAAUUUGGAGAAAGUUCAUCCAGAUGGAAAAAUUAUUCAAGGGCCGAGCUUAAGACCUUUGGUGACGGAGCUUGUAUCCAGUGCAAGACAACUUUAUGAAGAAUCAUGCGAGUUGCUUCGUGACUCGGGGCAAAUUUUACGAAUACGUUCAGAUUUGGAAAAUAAAUUAUCCCAAUCACUGGCGGCAAUGGAACAAGAAUUGAAGAAAUGUGUAUUCGAUGAAGCAGGUACGGGUCUAGUAUAUCUUCAAAAUCCAUCGGCAGAUGAUCAGGCCGAUAAGAAGAACCGUCAUCGCGGUUUAUUUUGGUUAAAGUUCCGGCGAUCGGGUACGAGUAACAGUAGUAGUAGCAGUCAUCUGGCACGAGAUCAAGUGACGAGCUGGGGAGUCCAGGAUGUCUGCACGUGGCUUGAAAAUCUACAACUUGGCGAGUAUACUGAGCAAUUUAUUUCACAUGAUAUCCGAGGACGAGAAUUAUUAAGUCUUGCACGUCGUGACUUGAAAGAACUUGGUAUCGUUAAAAUCGGUCACGUUAAACGGAUACUACAAGCCAUUAAUGAUCUUAAUAAUUAAUAUAUUAUUUAAGUAUAUAAUGCUGAUUGACUGUGCGCUAAUUACAAGCACUUACAAUCUACAAAUAGUAGUUUUAAUAAUAAUAAUAGUAAUAAUAAUAAUCAUUAUUAUUAUUAUUAUUAUUAUUAUUAUUAUUAUUAUUAAAAAAGCAGUAUUAUUCGAUAGAUUUAUUGAAAAAUAAUUUCACGUAUCUUAUUAAAUUUGAUUAAAUGUGUCGAUGUAUUUUAUAAAAUAUUAGCUGAAAGUUAUUUAUUGGAUUGCGUAUCUAUAUUUUUAAUGAUCUCAUUGUCAAUUGAUUUAAUAGUUCGAUUUUAAUCUAUAUCUAUCUAUUUAUUUAUAAACGUUAUUGUCUUCUAAAUGGGUAAUUUUGUGCUUCCUCUUUUAUAAAUUCCUCAAUACUGUUGGUAUUACUAGUACUUAAAAUUUUUUACAAUAAUAGUGCAAGCACAUUAUUAAUAAAUAUCAACAAUUAUUAAAAUAGUAUAAUCGAUAGUUAAAAAAUCUAAAAAAUAUAGACUUUUAAAUUAUAAAUGAUAAUAAUAAACAACGAAUCGAAACAGUAGAUAUUUUAUUUCAAUUGUAUUCUCAAACUUGCACAAUUAUGAAAAUAAAUAAGUAACAACUUGUUCUUAAAAAUGAUUAAUCUUAAAUAUAGUUUAAUAAUUUUCAAGUGUCCUUAUUUUCGUCACAGACGGAAUAAUACAGCCGGGGAAGCACUAAUUAAAUUUAUUACUUUUUAUUAAUUAACUAACUUGUUCUCAAUCAUUUUUUUAUUGAAUUAAAAUUUUAAAUCUGAAAUAAAUUUACGGCAAAAUAUUCGACUAUAGUUGACUAUUUUGUCAGUGGUAUUGGUUUUGAAUAAAAUUUAGUAUUUAAAUGCUAAUAUAUUCUAAGGUUCUCUAUUUGCCUCCGUACUUACUACUACUAAAAUUAAAAAUAAUCGUUGAGUAAUAGCCAAAUACUCUAUUACCAUAUAUACAUUUAAAAAAAAAAAAAAAAACAGUAAACUUAUAAACCAUCGACCAAAUGAAUUUUUUACCUGCAAAAUAAAAUUUUGUCGGUCAUCUUUAUACAAGCCUUAAGAUAAAUAUUACUCUUGCCUUUUCCUUACUCACAUUAUUAAUAUUAUCAUCAUAAAAUGUUGUUGAUUUUUCUAAAUGUUAUGUUUUUCUAAGAUAAAAAAAGUAAAUAAAAAUAAGAAAAAAAAAGUUAACUAAAUUUUUCAG